AUGAAAUUAUUUGAAGGUCAAGAACAGCCAAAGCUUAAAUUAAAAAUAAAUAAGAAAUUUGCAGAAAAGUAUCAAUAAAAAAAGGAACGGGAACUAUUAGAUAAGAAAGGAGAGAUUCUAGAUUAAGAGGAAAGCAGCGAGGAUUAAAUUCCAGAAGAUGAGAAUGGAGAUUUAAUUAAUGAUAAAGUUACUUAAAAAUUUAUUGAAACUCUUGCAAAAAUAAGAUACAAACAUCCAGAUAUUUAUAAAAAUAAGGAAAUAUUUUAAGAAGAGGAUUUUGAUGAACCAGAAUAAUUUAAUUAAAAUCAAAAGAAGAUUACAUAUGCAGAUCUUUAAGGAUAAGGAAUUGAAGAUGAAUAAGAGGAAAUAGAAGAAGAAUAUGAACCAAAAAUAGGUAUGACUCCUAAUGAAGAAUAAAUUAAAUUAAAAAAUGCUUUUAUAGAUGCAGCUAAGAAAUCUAGUAAAUAAUAAAAGGAAUUACUUAAAGUAAAAUAAAAAACUGCAAGAGAAAUAGAAGAUGAAAAUAAAGAGUUUGAAAAAUUAUUAAAAAAAUAAUAACCAGAAGAAUAAGAUAUAUUAUAAAGGUAUUGGGGAAAUGAAUAAGAUUUGGAUGAAAAAGAUAAAUUUUUAAGAAAAUAUAUUUUAACAAAAGGUUGGAUUGAUAAAGAUGAUAUGAAUGAAAUAAUUGAUUCUUCUGAAGAUGAAGAAAGAAUGGAUGAAUUUGAAGAAAAAUAUAAUUUUAGAUUUGAAGAAGAAGGAGGAAAUUAACUAAUAACUUAUGAAAGAGAUCUUAAAGAUACAUUAAGAUUAGAACCUGAAACAGCAAGAUAGAGACAGAGAUAAGCAAAAGCUUAAAGAGAAAAGGAAUAAAAAGAAUAAUUAGAAAGAGAAUUAAAGUAAUUGAAAACAGCAAAAAAGAAUGAGAUUAUAUCAAAACUUUAAAAAAUAUAAUAAAUAGGUGGAAUUAAAGAUGCUAAAUUAUUAUUAGAAGAAAUUGAUAAAAAAGAUUUUUAACCAGAAGAAUUUGAUAAAAAAAUGGAAAAGAUUUUUGAUGAAGAAUAUUUUGAAAAUGAAGAAGAUUCUCCUGAAGAAUUAGAGUAAAAUGAAGAAGAAUAAGAAUAAGAUGAAUAAGGUGAUAAAAAAGAAUAAAAUUUAGAUGUAGAUAAUGUUAUAAAGAUUAAACCAACAAUUCCAAUUAUUAUGAAAAAAAAUUUAAAUUAAGAGUAAUUUAAAUUAUUUAUAUUUUUAGGGAAAUGGAUGCUUUAUAAGAUGAAGAUGUUACAAUCUGGUGGUUUUGUGAUGUUUGUAAAUAAACUAUUUAGCCAAAUAAUUUUAGAUGGGAUUGUUAAGUUUGUGAAGAUUAUACACUUUGUGAAAAUUGUAUACAAUAACAUUCCUAACAUAAAUUAAAAAAGGCUUUAGUACCUAAAAGUUGUAAACCACCAAAAACAGAAGAUGCUUAAUCAUUAAUAAAUUAAUUUAAAUAUUGUAGAGCAUGUUAAAUUAAAAUGACUGAAGAAAAUGAUUAUUAUUAAAGCAAAAAAGAUUAUUUAUGUGUUGAUUGUUUUGAAAAAGAUAAAAAUUAAUAAAGAUAUACAUUAGUAGAAGCUUAAAUUGUUGAUAUUAAUAAAUUACUGGAUGAAAAUCCUGAAUAAUUAAAAGAAAAGCUUCCUUCUAAUUUGAAAAACAUUAUUGAUGAAUAUUAUAGUUUAGACUUUGAAGAUGUUAUAGCUGGUGGAAUCAAAACUAAAUUUUAAUAUAUUGAUGUUGAUAAACAAGAUUUUGGUUUAACAAAUGACGAUUUACUUUAUGCUGAUGAUAAAUUAUUGAAUUAAUAUGUUUCAAUUAAGAAAUUAGCUCCUUAUAGAGAUGGUUAAAUUAAAAUUAAGAAAAAUAAAGCUGAAAAAUUAUUAGCUUAAAUUAGAAAGAGUACAAAAAGAAAUAAGAAAUUAAUUCUCAAAGGAAUAGAUCCAAAAGACUUUUAAAAAAAAUAAUAAGAAGAAGAAUAAUAAGAAAAAAAAUAAAAAGUUUAAUUAGAAGUAGAAGAUGUUGUAGAAAAUACAACCCUAUAAGUUAAUUCCAAGAGACUUAAAACAUAUGGAGUGUGA